AUGAAGAACCAGAAAAAUAACAAUACGAAAAGCUCCGGCGAAGUCCGCAAGCCGGACGGAAAGGAGGCACGGAAUGGCACGUCGCGAGGUGGAGGAGAUCAGCACCACAGUCAGCGCAGUACCAAGAACGGGUCCGCCGCUGCGAAAGCGCCGACGCAACGGCGGCCGAACUACGAGCAUUCGACGACGAGCAAGCCGCUCUCUUACGGAGAACUGAGUGAGCAAUACCAAAUCGCACAGAUGCACAAUGCGUCUUCGUCGUCGAAAAAUAAUAUGAGACCGCCGCCCUCUUCCUCUUCUUCCGCCGCGGGCGCAACGUCGUCUUCAUUGGGAACAGGGUUGUACGUCGGGAAGUUGAAAAAGCCCAUGGGAGGAGCACCAGCGAGCGGAACAGCCACGAAUGCUGGCAACAACAAGGGAAACAUGCAGGACGUGGGUGACCACGCGCAGCAAGAAAACAAUCAUUCAAAAAAGAAGCGGAACAGAACAAAGAAAACGAGUCAGCCACCCCGUAACGAUAACUCCCAUGCGAAUGAUUAUGUAAGCCCGCGCGCUGUCCCGUCGGAUGUUUCGCCGAGGGGUCCGCAGUUAAUUCCGCUCCGGCCCAAGAAUUUCCCCGUGGACACUGCGAAAGACCACAGGGUGACUCCUCGGCACAGGAAUGACGACCAG